UCCUCGUCGACAGGAUGAAACCUUACUCUUGCCCAGGACACGAGCGGUCGCUCACCCAAAUCAAGUUUAAUCCCGAGGGCGACCUACUUUUCUCUUGCUCAAAAGAUCAUGUCAUCAACGUCUGGUUUACGCAUAACGGCGAGCGGCUAGGGACAUACGACGGGCAUAAUGGGACAGUGUGGACGCUCGACGUUGACUCUCAAUCACGCUUCCUGGUUAGCGGCUCCGCCGAUAACACUAUGCGCCUCUGGUCUGUGCAGACGGGCAAAUGUCUGUACCGAUGGGAGUUCCCAACCGCCGUCAAGCGGGUCGCAUUUAGUGACGAGGACGACCAGAUCGUUUGCAUUACGGAACAACGCAUGGGGCAUCAGGGCGCAGUGCGGAUAUUCAGCGUCAACCGGGAGGAUGAUGGGACCAACCAGCCAAAGGAACCGACAUCUAUGUUCCACCCCGUGGGUUCAAAAGCGACGCUGUGCGCGUUCGCACAUACGCCGAACCUUAUUCUGAUGGGCCACGAGUCUGGCAAGGUCGCCCUAUUUGACGCAAAGACUGGAGAGGAGGUGCUCUCUAAUGAGCGCGCCCACAUGGAUCUGGUCACGGAUUUGCAGCUUUCUCCGGACCGCUCAUACUUCAUCACCAGCUCCAAGGACAAGACGGCGCGGCUUCACGAAACGAGGACGUUGACGGUUCUCAAGACAUAUUCGACUGAGACCCCGCUGAACAGCGCUGCGAUCGCGCGAGGAAAGCCUUAUGUUCUGCUCGGUGGUGGACAGGAUGCCAUGAGUGUGACGACGACGUCGCUUCGCCAGGGCAAGUUCGAGACGCGCUUCUGGCACAAGGUCUUUGAAGAAGAGGUCGGGCGGGUAAAAGGCCACUUCGGGCCAAUCAACACCAUCGCGGUCUCUCCAAAAGGCGACUGCUUCGCGUCGGGAGGAGAGGAUGGUUUCGUGCGCGUGCAUCACUUUGACGAGAGCUAUUUCAGGGUGAAGCCGUAUGGAGAUCUUGAGAUCGAGGAUUAGAUGUGCUGCCUGUGCGACUGGUCCGCCAUGGCUGGUCGUUGUGGUCACUGUCAGCCAUACGAUCAUCUCUGUGCAAUUCUGUUCCCCUCGU